CGCACCCGCCGUCCCCAGCCGGGCUGGCCGCCAGGUGAGCUGCUCACCCCGGGGCCUGCCUUCCGUCCGCGCCCGCCGCCGCUCUUCGGGGCGGGGCCUGCGGGGAGCGCCCUACCCGAGGGCGGCGUCCAGAUAAAGUGUAGCAAUGGCUGCUGUUUAUUCUGGAAUUUCCUUUAAGCUUAAAAGCAAGACAACUUCUUGGGAAGAUAAACUAAAACUAGCUCACUUUGCUUGGAUUUCCCACCAAUGCGUUCUUCCAAAUAAAGAGCAAGUACUACUUGAUUGGGCAAGACAGUCAUUGAUUGCAUUUUAUAAGAAAAAACUUGAACUGAAGGAAGAUAUUGUUGAAAGGCUUUGGAUCUAUAUAGAUAACAUUCUACACAGCAAGAAACUGCAGGAUCUCCUCAAGAAUGGAAAGACAAUUAACCUUCAGAUUUCCCUGGUCAAGAUCAUAAAUGAGAGAAUAGCUGAAUUCUCUCUUUUGGAAUCCCAAAGAAGUAUGUGUGCCGUGCUGAGCUGCUGCCAGGGCAUCCUCUCAACGCCUGCCCUUGCUGUUAUCUACACAGCUAGACAGGAGCUGAUAGUGGUGUUGCUGAGCCAGCUGUGCUGGUUGGCCUGUAGACAGCCAGAAAGAGCCAUGGUGGCCCAGUUAUUUGAAGUCAUUCACCUGGCACUUGGCCACUACCUCUCGAUCCAGCAACAGCAAGUCAACCCAAGACGUGCCUUUGGGGAGAUGACUGGGCACUUGCUCCAGCCCUGCCUGGUCCUGAGGCACUUACUUUCCGGGGGCAUGUGGACACAGGCUGGUCAGGGCCAGCUGCGACAGGGGCUGAGCCGGGAGAUAAGGAGUCAGAUUGAGGCUUUACUUCAAGGUGGAGCUUUUCAGCCCGAGUUGCUCUCGUCCUACAAAGAGGAGCUCUUGGACCAGCAGCAAGGUGACACGAAGAUAGGGACCAUGAAGAAUCUUUUAGCUCCCAUGGACACUUUGAUUGCUAGGCUGUUAGAUGUUGGUUACUGUGAGCCAUCCCUUCGUUCUGCUGUUAUAGCCAACUCAGUGGCCUUGCUGUAUAAGCUCUUUUUAGAUUCUUAUUUUAAGGAGGGGAACCAGCUUCUCUGCUUCCGGGUACUCUCCAGGCUGUUCGGCUGCUUGAGGAUUUCACAUCUGCAGGAGGAGCAGAUAAAAGCCCUGGCCACGUCAGAUUGGACUACAGAACUUCUGGUUGUAGAACAGCUGCUAAAUUCAGUGGCCAGCAACAAUAUCUACAACAUUGCUGCUGAUAGGAUCCGACACGAAGAGGCUCAGUUCCAUUUUUACCGCCGUUUGGCUGAGCUGCUGAUAAACCAUUCUCAAGCAUCUGUGCCGGCCUGGUUCCGCUGCCUCAAGGCUUUGAUGUCUCUGAAUCAUUUGAUUUUGGAGCCAGACCUGGAUGACCUGUUGGCUUCAGCUUGGAUCGAUGCAGAAGUGACAGACUUUCGAACCAAAAAAGCACAGGAGGCGCUUCUUCAUACUCUCUUCCAGACAUAUGUCAAACUCCGACAAGUGCCGCGGUUGUUUGAGGAGAUUUUGGGGGUGAUCUGUCGUCCAGCUGCUGAGGAGCUAAGGCAGCCUGUGCUGGCCUCGGGCCCCUCCAGGGUGCUCUGUGAGUGCCUCCUGGAGUUGCCACCAGGUCAGAUCUUGGACACAUGGUCCCUCUUGUUGGAGAAGUUCCAGUCUUUGGUCUUGCCAUAUUUGCAGGGUGAUGUCGACAUGGCCUUGAAAUCACUGUCCCUGAGCUCACUGCUGCACUGUAUCAUGUUCAAUAUGAGGAGCCUAGACAGCAGCACACCUCUGCCCAUCAUCAGACGGAUGCAGUGCACAAUGGAGAGGAUGCUCCGAGAGCUUGUAAGGCCCCUGCUGGACCUUCUCCUGGACCUCCAGGUCCCAGAGCUUGAGCUCUGGCUGCAGAAGGUCAGUGACUCUGCACUCCUGCUCUCUUACACUUGGGCCCAGGUUGAUGCCAUGCUCAGUAUAAACUGUAGCCAGUAUCACUCUUUGUCUGUGGCUCUAACAGAUGUUGCUACAGAGAUCUCAAACCUCCCCUUGUUGCUCCCAGGUGUUGAAACACACCAAUGGAAGAAGAUAGAAAAGUUUACAGCUCAGUUUGACUCUCUUGGCAGGUAUUGCUUAGAACAGCUCUACUUGCAGAAAAUGAAAAGGACUUUAAUGCAAACUAACUUCCAGUCUGAAGAAGCCCUCCGAACUUUGCGGUGUGAUGCUGCCUACAUUCUUGAUUCUGGCAGAGAAAGCUUAAAUCAAAGAACAAGAGCUUCCUGGGAUGCCCAGGUUGGGACAGUGAGUGCACUCACAUACCCUGUAGCUCACUGGCACUUGAUUGUGUCAAAUCUCACAAUUUUGAUAUCCUAUCUUUGUCCAGAUGAUGUGAGAUCCCUGGCUAGCGUGCUGCUAAGAACUUUACCAAUGAGUAAAGCCCAAGAAGUUUCAGCAGAUGAAGAGCCAAGCAUCACACUUGAAAAAAUAUCCAACUCUAUCCUUCACAGCCCUCUCUUUCCAGAAAUGCAAUCCCUUCAUUCUGCUUUCUUAAUGUGCCUGACUGAAGGAUGUACUAGCAUCCUGUGUUCUGGGGCCCAGUGUGACCCAAGUCUUCUCAAUCAACAGCUGCCCUGGCUUUUUGAAAAGGACCACAUGAUGGUGGCUCUUUGGGAAAACAGAUUUGCAAAAGUUGGACCUGAAGGUGUAGAACCAAAAGGAGAAAUUGCCCAAAACUUAUUAUCCUUGGUCAAGAGUGACUUCCCCAUUCAGCUGGAGGGAGAACAAUUAGAGAGCAUCCUGGGACUUCUGGAAGUUAUUUCUACUCUGCAGCUGGACAGCCUCUUGACUCCCUAUCAUGUGCAUUAUUUCCUUCUAUUAUUGUCCAUGGCCAUGAUCAAGCUGGGGAGCUCUUGCUCCUCCUCACUGACCCUCAAGUUUUUGAUGACUUGCUAUCGGCUUCUUGGUUACCUGCAGAGAGGGAAAAGUGCUCGCUCAGUGCUCAAGAUUAUGUAUGUUAGUGAUAUUUUUGAGAUUAUAUUGACCUCGCUGUUCAAAGCCAGUAGUAGGUUGCCUGUUAACAUGGAUGACCCUUCUUGGUUGGAAUUCCUCCAAGUGAUAGGGGCGUUCUUAGAACAGCUAAUGCAGAUGCUUAUCCAGAUGAAGCUCAGCUUGGUACUUAAUUUUGGGAAAAUCUCUAGAUUCCUCCACAAACUUUACACUGAAGCGAUUGCAGGCAAACAGGUGGAAAAUCAGAAUUGUCGGGGCCAGCAGCUCAUUCUGGUGUCUUUAACCAAGUUGUGCCAAGUCCUAGGGCCUUUUGUCAAAGAGCGGAAGCAGCACCACGAGGCCCCAGAAGCACUGUGUGAGCUGCUGCAGAAGGCUGUUCUCCACACAGGAGCUGUGCUGCAGCUCUGCUGGGCCCAGGGUGCCCAGGAUCAUCACCUUCCCUCCAUCUUUAUCUCAUCAGCCAGCACACUCUUGGAGGCAGAUGUAGGCCAGCACCCUAGGCACAGGACAGAGACUUCCCAAAUGACAGAUGAAAUGACGUGCUCACAUACUACCUUCUACCAGAGUGUUUACUCUCAACUACUGUCAGAGUUGCCGGCUUUUGCAGAAGACAGUCAGUGUUUUCAAGCAGCCAUGCGGUUUUUAACUCUAUUCUUUUUGACCCCAGAGCUACAUCCCAAGAAGGAUUCUGUUUUUACCUCCAUGUUUCAUUCUAUGAGAAAAGUUCUUGCAGGAGUUGGUGCUGUUAUAUGCAUUUCACUGAUGAGGGAAUGGAAGCUCAGAGAACUCAUGAGUCCAGGAUCUGCUAGCUUGUGGGACACUUGGACCGAGGUCUUUAUCUCUCAAAGCCUGUCGUCCCCUUCAUCCCCAAAGCUAAUUAGUGAGCAAAGACUGGGAUGUUGGAAGGUAUUCUGGCAACAUGGAACAGUCUGCAGGCUGAAAUGUGGCUGGGAAGAUCCUACAAUUCCAGUUCAAGUAAUUGAGGACAUUGAACCUCAUUUGGGAGCCUUGUUCACCCAGAUGUUAGAAGUUGGGACAACAGAGGACUUCAGGAUGGUGAUGCAGUGUAUUCUCCAAGGUUUAGAUGUUAGUAACAUGUGGAAAGCAGAUCUGCAGGCCGUUUUGUCAGCUGUUACAUUGACCAAGGUGCUCCUGAGCUCCCCACUCAGUGGAGAGAAAGCACGUCUGUUCUGGAGUGCAUGCCCGCAGAUAGUCACGGCUCUCACUCUGCAAAACCGAGAGGCUUGUCAAGAGCAGCCUGUGCUCCUGGCAGUGGUGGGGCCUAUUUUGGACCUGCUGGCAGCACUGCUGCGACAGGGGGAGGAGACCAUCAGCAAUCCACACCAUGUCAGCCUGGCUUUCAGUAUCCUGCUCACAGUCCCUUUGGACCAUCUGAAGCCGCCUGAGUAUGGGCGCAUCUUCUUGCGGGUGCACAAUGUGCUCUUCUCCAUCCUGCAGUGUCAUCCGAAGGUAAUGCUGAAAGCCAUUCCUUCUUUCUUGAACUGUUUUAAUAGAUUGCUGUUUUCGGUUAUGCAUGAAGGGAGGCAGAAAGACAAAGGAGGCACAGAUGAUCUGUCGGUGGUCCUCGAGUGUGCCCGUCUGGUGCAAAGGAUGUACAGCCACAUCGCAGCUCGGGCCGAAGAGUUCACAGUGUUUUCUCCCUUUAUGGUGGCCCACUAUGUCACCGAGGUGCAGAAGGUCACCUUGUACCCCACGGUGAAGGGCCUUCUACAGGAAGGCAUUUACCUCAUCCUGGACCUCUGCAUUGAGCCAGAUGUCCAGUUCCUGCGGGUCUCCCUGCAGCCGGGGGUGAGAGACAUCUUUAAGGAGCUGUAUAAUGAUUAUGUGAAAUACCACAAGGCGAAACAUGAAGGAGAGAAAAGAUACACAGCCUGAGGCCUCGUUCUGGAAGUGCUGCUGAUGUUACUGUGGAGUGGCUUUGGCCCCCUGUUCUGGAAGAGUUGGAGAGGGAAAGAAUUCAGGUGUUCUAAUUUCUGUUGUUGAGAUAUGUGGAAAACACUUUUGAGUUUAUGUAAUAUAUAUACUAUAUUUUACAGCCCUGUUUUCCACACUGAAUAUUUUUUAACAGAUCUUUUUAUGCAGUAUGUAUUGCAAUAGAAUUCUGAUCACUGACCUUGGAAUAAGGUGAAUUUAAUAAAAAAUUACUGAACCUCUUU